AUGAUGGGCCCACUUAGCACUGGUCCAAGAAACAGCAUUCUUUGCAAAAUUUUAGAUUACAAGUACACUGAAUAUAUAGCAAGCAUAAACCCUGCAAAUAGUAUCAAAUUUCAAUUUUCAACCAGGAGAAAGAUGAAAAUGACUCCAUUUAAUCUUCUGCAUAACAUAUUCCUCUUUUUUACCUUGUUUUCAAUAAUCAUCCAUGCAUACACAGAUCUAGAAACUCUGUUGCGCCUCAAAUCCGCCAUUGUUGGACCUUCAGGCUCCGGCCUUCAGGACUGGGCCGCCAUGCAGCCGUCGUCUCCGUCUGCUCAUUGCUCGUUUUCCGGCGUUACAUGCAACGAGGACUUACGCGUGAUUUCGCUUAACAUCGCUAAUGUCCCGCUCCUGGGGACUCUCCCGCCGGAGAUUGGGCUUUUGGACAAGCUUGUCAAUCUUAGCCUUGUCGCCACCAACCUCACUGGCCCACUUCCGGCGGAGAUGGCGAAUUUGAUGUCCUUAAGGUUGGUAAAUCUUUCUGCAAAUUUGUUCAAUGGGACAUUUCCAGGAGAAAUUGUGCUCACCAUGCAUGAACUGGAAGUGUUUGAUAUUUAUAACAAUAAUUUCUCCGGUGAAAUUCCCGGCGAGUUUGUGAAGUUGAAGAAACUCAAAAUACUUGCACUCGGAGGGAAUUAUUUUUCUGGCGAAAUCCCGAUAACUUACUCGGAGUUUGAAAGCUUGACGAAUUUGGGUUUACAGGGAAACUCGUUAACAGGAAAAAUUCCGGCCAGCUUAGCUAAGAUUCCAAAUCUCCAAGAACUUCGUCUUGGAUAUUAUAACUUGUAUGACGGUGGUAUUCCACCUGAAUUAAGCUCGGCGAGCUCACUCCGAUUGCUUGAUCUUGCAAGUUGCAAUCUUUCCGGCCCAAUUCCGGCGGGUCUUGGGAAUCUUAAGCAUUUGCACUCAUUGUUUCUUCAAAUAAACAAACUUACGGGGCAGAUUCCGUCUGAGCUGUCGGGUUUGAUCAGUUUGAUGUCAUUAGACCUGUCCAUUAACAAUCUCACCGGAGCGAUACCGGAGAGUUUUGCUGAAUUGAAGAAUUUGACAUUGAUUAAUUUGUUUCAGAACCAAUUUCGAGGUCCCAUUCCGGCAUUCAUUGGGGACCUACCGAAUCUUGAAGUUUUUCAAAUAUGGAUCAACAAUUUCACUCUUGAAUUGCCAGAAAAUCUUGGCCGGAAUGGGAGGCUAUUGCUGCUCGAUGUCACGAAUAACCACCUUACCGGUACUAUACCGAAGGACUUAUGUAAAGGAAAAAAGUUGAAGACUUUGAUAUUGAUGGAGAACUAUUUUUACGGCCCGAUUCCUGAUGAAUUUGGCGAAUGCAAGUCAUUAAAUCGGAUUAGGAUAAAGAAGAACUACUUGAACGGAACAAUUCCAUCGGGUUUUUUCAGUUUGCCGGCGUUGGAUAUGCUUGAGGUGGAUGAUAAUUUCUUCUCCGGGGAGCUUCCAGCAGAAAUUUCAGCAAAUAUUCUUGGAAGUCUUACACUUUCUAAUAAUUGGAUAACUGGAAAAAUUCCUCCGGCCAUUGGCAAUUUGAUGAAUUUAGAGAUCUUAUCUCUAGACACGAAUAGAUUUUCCGGUGAAAUUCCGGUUGAAAUCUUUAAUCUGAAGAAACUUUCCAAGUUAAACUUCAGUGGUAACAACUUGACAGGUGAAAUUCCAGGUUCAAUUGCUAAUUGUUCCCACCUAACUUUUAUUGAUUUAAGUCGAAAUGAUUUAGACGGUGCGAUUCCAAAGGAAAUUUCCAGGCUGCAGAACUUGAAUGCACUGAAUAUGUCGAGAAAUAGACUGGAUGGAGAAAUUCCAGGCGAUAUCGGGUUGAUGAAAAGUUUAACACUGGUAGAUCUUUCUUACAACAAUUUUUCAGGCAGAAAACCGACCUCCGGGCUGUUAAAAGACCUCGAUGAUCGUUUUUUCGCCGGAAAUCCUAACCUCUGUUCUCCUCGAAGUAUGUCUUGUCCCUCGGCCUCAACUCCAUUGCAGAGAUCUCGAGAAAGCCAUUCAAGAACGUCGAAAAUUGUAGUAACGCUAGUCAUAUUGAUUCCAGUUUUAUUACUGUUGGUUCUUGCUUGGAUAACGAUUAGAAGGAGGCGGCUCAAAAAAUCAAUGACUUGGAAACUUACGGCAUUCCAGAAGCUCGAUUUCAAAGCAGAAGACGUGUUGGAAUGCUUGAAAGAAGAGAACAUUAUUGGCAAAGGAGGCGCUGGAAUUGUCUACAGAGGAUCCAUGCCUAACAGCAUUGACGUCGCGAUAAAAAGAUUACCAAUCGGUCGAGGCAAUGAUCGUGGCUUCGCGGCUGAAAUUCAGACAUUAGGACGAAUCAGACACCGGAACAUUGUGAGACUUCUUGGGUACGUGUCGAACAAGGACACAAAUUUAUUGUUGUACGAAUAUAUGUCCCAUGGAAGUUUAGGGGACACGUUGCACUGUACAAAAGGGGUUAGUUUGCAAUGGGAAUCAAGAUACAGGAUUGCAAUUGAGGCUGCUAAGGGAUUGUGCUACUUGCACCAUGAUUGCUCUCCUUCGAUUAUUCACCGGGACGUUAAGUCGAAUAACAUUUUGCUCGACUCUGGCUACGAGGCUCACGUGGCUGAUUUUGGGCUCGCCAAGUUUUUGAACGAUGAGGGUGGCUCCGAAUGCAUGUCCUCCAUUGCUGGCUCCUAUGGCUAUAUUGCACCAGAGUAUGCCUACACACUGAAAAUUGAUCAAAAGAGUGAUGUUUACAGCUUUGGGGUGGUCCUGUUAGAGCUCAUCACUGGUCGAAAGCCAGUGGGUGAGUUUGGCGAAGGUGUAGACAUUGUACAGUGGGUACGACUAACGAUAUCGGAGCUCAACCAACAGUCAGACACCUCAUCAGUACUUGCAAUAAUUGACUCCAGGCUCACUGGAUACCCACUAACUGGUGUCAUAUACAUGUUCAAGAUUGCAAUGUUGUGUGUUGAGGAUGAAAGUUCGUCUAGGCCAAAUAUGAGAGAAGUUGUUCACAUGCUCACAAAUCCUCCACUGUCUACACCAAACCUCCUUGGACUUUAA